AUGGCCUGUGGACUGAUUUCUUUUCUCUUAUCUAGCAACACCAAAACAUCUCUGUUUCGUCAAUAUGCCGAUGCAUUCGAACCAUUCCGUCAGAUUGUGGCUUCGACACCGAAGCCUCAUGCUGUGACUGUGCUCGAAGCGCUCGAUCAGGACCGCGGCUGCCGUCUCAAGUAUGCAGCAGACAUGCUGACAAUGUUGACGAGCGGCCUACGCCGACAUCCCAGUGUCGAGACCCAUGUUGCAAACGCCUCUCGGGCGAAUUUCCAAACAUCGUCAGCCUCUUGGUUCAUGUGUCUCGACCCGAUCAGCCAGGGGUCAGACCAAAACAUCUCCUCUCGAAAUGUCAUUAUGUGUACCGGCUCAUCGCCCACGACGAUACCUCUACCUUGUACAUCGCCCACCAUCCUCGACCUCGACGACGUGCUGGACCGACAGAAACUGCGAACCAGCCUGCCCUCGGCCGGUAAAGCACCGGUUGUGGGAGUGAUAGGCACGUCUCACAGCGCCAUCGUCGCCAUCAUGAACCUGUACGAGCUGGCAACAAGCACUCACCCCCACCUUCAGAUCAAGUGGUUUGUCCGCAGUCCCAUGACCUACGCCGUCUACAUGGACGGUUGGAUCCUGCGCGACAACACCGGCCUCAAAGGUGCCUCUGCGGAAUUUGCCCGCGAGCACUUGGAGGACGAUAAAUUGCCGGAGUCGCCGGUGGGCAAGAUCCUCACCAAGGUCGACUGCCCGGACGUCCGCGACGCGUCAAUGACACCGGCCCUCUCCUCGUGUACACAUGUCGUGGAGGCAAUCGGCUACACGAGAGACCCGCUCCCGCAGCUCUCAGUCGACGACACGCCGCUUGAGGGCAUCACUUACGACCCAACCACGGGCUGUCUUCUGGACGGGAACGGCCACGCUGUCCCGCACGCUUAUGGCGCCGGUAUUGCCUUCCCCGAAAGAGUCACCGAUCCGGCCGGCAACACCGAAAGCGCCGUCGGGCUCUGGAAAUUCAUCAAGUAUCUGACCCGGGUCGCCCCAACGUGGUGUUAG